GGGAGCUGGAGCCGGGCGCCGCCGCCGAGGCUUCCGUCUCGCUCGCUCGCGCAGCGGCGGCAGAGGUCGCGCACAGAUGCGGGUUAGGCUGGCGGGGGGCGGAGGCGGAGGAGGGAAGCGAGCUGCAUGCAUGAGCCCCACAGACUCUGGCAAGCCGGAUGCCCUCUGUGGAUGAAAGAUGUAUCAUGGAAUGAACCCGAGCAAUGGAGAUGGGUUUCUAGAGCAGCAGCAGCAGCAGCAGCCUCAGUCCCCCCAGAGACUCCUGGCCGUGAUCCUGUGGUUUCAACUGGCGCUGUGCUUCGGCCCUGCGCAGCUCACAGGCGGGUUCGAUGACCUUCACGUGUGUGCGGAUCCUGGCAUCCCCGAGAAUGGCUUCAGGACCCCCAGUGGAGGGGUUUUUUAUGAAAGCUCUGUAACCCGAUUUCACUGCCAAGAUGGAUUCAAGCUGAAGGGCUCUACAAAGAGACUGUGUAUGAAGUACUUUAAUGGAACCCUAGGUUGGAUCCCAAGUGAUAAAGCCAUCUGUGUGCAAGAAGGUUGCCGUAUCCCCCAAAUUGAAGAUGCUGAGAUUCAUAACAAGACAUAUAGACAUGGAGAUAAGUUAAUCAUCACUUGUCAUGAAGGAUUCAAGAUCCGUUACCCCGACCUAUACAACCUGGUUUCAUUGUGUCGCGAUGAUGGAACGUGGGAUAAUCUGCCCAUCUGUCAAGGCUGCCUGAGGCCUCUGGCCUCCUCCAAUGGCUACGUGAACAUCUCUGAGUUCCAGACCUCCUUCCCAGUGGGGACUGUGAUUGCCUAUCGCUGCUUCCCCGGGUUUAAACUCGAGGGGUCCGAGUACCUCGAGUGCUUACACAACCUUAUCUGGUCGUCCAGCCCACCCCGGUGCCUUGCUCUGGAAGUUUGUCCACUACCUCCAAUGGUGAGUCACGGAGAUUUCGUCUGCCACCCGCGGCCUUGUGAGCGCUACAACCACGGGACCGUGGUGGAGUUUUACUGCAAUCCUGGCUACAGCCUCACCAGUGACUACAAGUACAUCACCUGCCAGUACGGAGAGUGGUUUCCUUCCUACCAAGUCUACUGCAUCAAAUCAGAGCAAACAUGGCCCAGCACCCACGAGACCCUCCUGACCACGUGGAAGAUCGUGGCAUUCACGGCCACCAGUGUGCUGCUGGUGCUGCUGCUCGUCAUCCUGGCCAGGAUGUUCCAGACCAAGUUCAAGGCCCACCUCCCCCCCAGGGGGCCUCCCGGGAGUUCCAGCAGCGACCCUGACUUUGUGGUGGUGGACGGCGUGCCCGUCAUGCUCCCAUCCUAUGACGAGGCUGUGAGUGGCGGCUUGAGUGCCUUAGGCCCCGGUUACCUGGCCUCUGUGGGCCAGGGCUGCCCCGGCCCCGUGGCCGACCAGAGCCCCCCAGCAUACCCCGGCUCAGGGGAUACGGACACAGGCCAGGGGGAGUCAGAAACCUGUGACAGUGUCUCAGGCUCAUCUGAGCUGAUCCAGAGUCUGUAUUCACCUCCCACGUGCCAAGAGGGCACCCAGCCCGCUCCUGAGAACCCAGACACGGUCGCGAGCACGGUGGGGCAGGCGGCAUCCAGCAGCCCAGGCAUCGACAUUGCGGAUGAGAUCCCCCUAAUGGAAGAAGGUCCCUAACGGGGCAAAAUCGUGGUGAUUCUGCUACUCCUGUGGGAAAAGAGACCUGGUAGCUCGAGGGAGGCCACAGAAGGACUAAGCUUGGGGCAGAGUUUCUAGUUUAUCUACAUGGGGACAGUGAUCACAUCCUACAUCUUGGGCUCAAGGAUGAGGCUGACAGACCGCGGUAGCAGUGCUUUUAAAUGAGACUCGAGGAUUCGCCAAGGACACGAGGAGCCAAGGACAGAGGGGAGACCCUGCAGUCCUGGCCGGAGGUGUUAAGCGCGGCUUGUGCUGUGGAACGUGGAACAAUUCCACACAUGUCCCACCGAAUCACACAUCCCGCGGACUCCCAAGUACUCCCUGCCCCUCUGAAAGCAUGUCACAUUAUGUAAAUUCGCUUCUCACACCCGCUUCACACUGUCUCUGGAUUCCGGGUUCGGAUGGGUGCGCCUUUGUGGAAAGUCCAUGUCGGGAGGUGGGAAGAGCGGCAGAGCCCCCUGCACCCCAGUACGGGGCCAGCGCCCAAAGGAGAGGUUCUCGUGUGGCAUUUGGAAAAUCUUCCUUCGUCGGGUCUGCUCGACUCAAAGCAAGAGUAAAGCAGGAUGUGGCAAUUCCACUGAGGAAGGAAAGGAAAGACAGGCAGACUCUGCUUUCUGGAAAUGUCUUCAAAAAGUAGAGUUCGUGUACUCUGUGCUGUCUUCUGGUGACAUAUCGUCAAUGUGUGUAUUCAUGGUUUAGCACACGGAUCCGUGGCAUUGGGUGAAUCUUGUGACUUUACACAUGGUCGGAUGUGUCUGAGUACAUCCCAUGGUGGAGACGGUAACCAAGGUACUAUUCUGUUUCGGCAUUUUGAAAAGGUUCCACUCAACAAUUGAUCUCAGUUGACUAUUAUCAUUGUUGCGCCACCCCAAACUCAACCAUGCUUUUAUUUUCCAAACCAGAAAUUGUUUCUGCAAACAUAUCCCACUUCCGAAAGAAGUGUAAAGUUAUAUUUUCCCCUUUCAUUAAUAUUUUGUCCUACACGGUCAGAGGCUGGCCUCCCCGCCCUCCCCUGCCUGCCAUUCCGUGUUCCCACCGUGAGGGGCUCGUGGCGCCCACUGGCUGUUGCUCCUAAAAAAUCGGUUGAUAAAAAUUUUCCCAAAGUGUCCUGAAGAGUCUCUUCAAAUACAUGUCGCUCUGCGGAGUUGAUUCCUUUCCUCCUCUGGGUUUUAGACAAAUAUAAACAAAACUCUGAUCCAUAGAAUUGCUAUGCUGAUGCAGUGGUGAGGGCUGGAAGCUUGAUGAAAUCCUGUUUUUUUCUUGACACAGACUGAUUAAAAAUUAAAAAGAAAAUGACAGUU